AUGCGAUCAAAAGAAGAUACUCUAAUUUGUGUUCAAGCUGUUCCAAAACCAUCACAUCGAUUCACUUUUUCGAACCGACAAAUCAUGCUACAAACACAAUUUUUUCAUAAGACACGAGAUACAACCUUACCAAAACCAGAUAUUGAUUUAUAUAAUGCCACCAUUGUUGCUGUUUACCACGCUAUUGAGUCAGGGAUGUCUACUUCACAUCAUCAACGCUCAUCAAGUACACGUUCAUCAAGAAGACCACAAAUAAACGCCUAUGUACAACCUCAACGUUCAGCAAGUGUUCCAUCACGACAAUUUAUUAUCAUUCUUACCAAUAAUUCUGAAUUAUUACGACAAACUCGACAAUAUCAACCUCGGGUAUUAAUUUAA